CACCACAGAUGUCAACUUGGAUAUGUUUGUUGUUGUGUACGUCUGCACUGUAAACCAUGACUAGCUAUUCUGCAUAGUAAUAUUUAUUUAGAUGUAAAGCAGGAGGGAAAGAAAACUGACAGAAUCGGCGAGGAAGGAAAAUGGAGCAAGAAUUUAAGGACAUGGAUUCGGAAGGCCGGUGGCAGAACCUCUACAUAGAAAUAAGAAACUUGUCUCAGGAAUGUCCUUUCAAAGUGGCGAAAUAUCCGGAGAACCGUAACCGCAACAGAUACAGAGACGUCAGCCCAUUCGACCACAGUCGGGUGAAGCUGGCGAACACGGAGAACGACUACAUCAAUGCCAGCCUGGUACAGAACGACGAAGCUCAGCGGAGCUACAUACUCACUCAGGGUCCUCUCAGAAAUACGUGUGGACAUUUCUGGUUGAUGAUCUGGGAGCAGAAAACCAAAGCGGUGAUCAUGCUGAACAGAGUGAUUGAGAAAGACUCGGAGAAGUGCGCGCAGUACUGGCCCACGCAGGAGGAGGGCGAGAUGGCGUUUCGGGACACGCGCUUCGUGGUGAGGCUGCUAUCACAGGACGUCAAGUCCUACUACACCACGCGCGUACUGGAGCUGCAGAACGCAAACACGGGGGAGAAGAGGGAGAUCUACCACUUUCAUUACACCACCUGGCCCGAUUUCGGCGUCCCAGAAUCCCCCGCGUCCUUUCUCAAUUUUCUUUUCAAGGUGCGGGAGUCGGGCUCGUUAGGGACCGAUCAGGGGCCGGCGGUGGUGCACUGCAGCGCCGGGAUCGGUCGGUCUGGAACCUUCUCCCUCGUCGACACAUGUCUUGUACUGCAGAUGGACAGAAGGACGGACCCGUAUACCGUGGACAUCAAGAAGGUGCUGCUGGACAUGAGGAAAUACAGGAUGGGUCUGAUACAGACGCCCGACCAGCUACGGUUCUCCUUCAUGGCCGUGCUGGAGGGGGCCAAGUGCAUCAUGGGAGAUUCAUCAGUGCAGAAGUUGUGGCAGGAGCUAUCCAAAGAGGAUCAGGAGGUCGUGCCCGAGUCUCCAUCACCACCAAAGUGCCCACCGGAACACCACAACGGCGUCAGGCUGAUCCGACCGGACGACACGGGGGAACUGGAUACGGCGAAAAAAAACACAAAAGACGAUAAAGAAGCGGACGGAGACGGAUGCACGGCAAACGCUCGCAAGAGACCAAGAGACGAGAAGAUCUCCAUCUCAGCACAGAAGAGCUCUCAGAAACAGCCCAAGCCCAGAGUGAACGAGUCCGAAAAGAAGAGAAAAAGACCAAAAACGACCAGCGACUCCUAAUGCCAUGGCAACCACAGCAGGGCUGUCCGGCCCAUAAUACUCCUCCUCCGAACAGUUUACAGCACGGACGACCCAGAGAAGCGACCCACACCAGCACAGCAUCAGCACAGCACAGCACAGCACAGCACAGCUGGACGCCAGUGCGCCGCCGCCGCCGCUCCGGUCUCCAUGAUUUCUCUGUACCGUUCGUGUGUUUGUGUUUUCCUCUCGGCUGAAUCUCACCUCGUAGUUCUAUGCAUAGCCGGUUUAUAAGGUUGUAUUUUUAAAAUGUAAAAAAUGCUCUAUUUUUUUAUUAGAGGACAGAACUCCGGUCCGCGGCGUCCGUCAGGCCGGUGCGCGUGGACCGCCGGGCGCGCGGCGUGUACAGUUUAUAAGCCGCGUACGAGACAGAAACGUAUUUUUCAAUGUAUAACAAAAAUAUUAAAGUUAAAGUGACGACAAAGAUGCUGCGUUUGAUUAAGAGGAACCAAAUUCACACCUUAAAGUCUUAAAGUUUCCUCUCAGCCAGACGGAGCCGAUUAUUUGUUUAGUUUGUGUAAACGUGCCGCGUCUCAUCACCACAUGUUGUACCAAAACACCUUUUAUACUGAAUAAAUCUCUCAGAUUUGCAAACCGUUA